AUGGUGAGCGGCGAGGGAAAGAAUGACGGCGACGGGUAUGAUUCGCCUGUACAGGCAUACACACCUGUGUCGGUCAAGGACCGCAUAGCCGAGUAUAGCAAACGUACGAAAGGCAGAGCGUCGCCAAUCGUUCCUGAUCGCCGUGCUCGCGGUUUUUCGUCGGCGUCUGCCGGUGGAAUCCAGCCUCCGAAGACCGACGGCGGCGAUGUUGCGUUGGUAGCGCCGGCCGAAGCGUCUCCAAAAUCGCAGAACCGGACGCAAUCUACAGCUCGUAAGCUGAAGGCUCCAGAUAAAGACGAUUACCGCGACCUUUCGGCGCGCCCCGCCCGUAUUUUUGUGGGCACUUGGAACUGUGUCUACCAGGAACCGGAGGAGUCUGUGAUCCUAAAGCCCCAACAAAAAGACUCGAGCUGGAGUGAUCGUCUGAUUCACACUGCGGAAUCGGUAUCUCAGUGGCUGGGCCACGUUUUUUUCCGUCCCGGGCGCGACCACGGCGACGGCGCUACCGAUGCCGGCGGAAGUGACACCCACGACACCCGAAAUCAGCCAGACCCGCACCCUUCAGAUGUCAAGAGCACAAUCGCAGAUGUCAACGACAGCCGCAGUUCAUCUCCAGAAAAGGUCACGUCGAGUUGGCUGAAGGGUUGUGCGAAGGCUGCUUCGCCGGGCGCAGUUACCACCGUCAGCGACGGUGAUACGCCUGAAAUCUGCAGCGCAGUUGACUCGCCCGAAGUAAGCGUGGAACCCUCCAUGGAGAAACCGAAUGGCGUCCGCGAUGGCGCCACUGGCGUGUCUGCGGGGUGCGAAGCGUCGUCGUCGGGUGUUCCGCAGACGCUUCGCCAGGCACCAACUGUUACGUUUGGCAAUCAUCACGAGGCGUCAACUUCCGAUUGUUCAACUGCCCCUUCCCCAUGCUCACGUGCCACGGGCAAAUCGUCCAAAGUUGAGAACGUCUCCCCGAGGCCCGCACUGGCCCGUUUGUCGAGGAAUAGCAAGCUUGGCAAAACGCCAACCGACUGCCCGGCUAUACCGGUGCUAUUGCGUCAGUCAACAUUCCAGCUGAAGCCUCUGACCGUGGAUGACGAGGAGCCUCUGCGGGACUGGAUCCCCGCCGGCUAUGACGUGUACAUCAUAGCACUGCAGGAGACGCUUUCGUGCAGCAUGUUUGUAUCCAUCACCAAGUAUCUGCAGCGUCAGUCUAAGGAAGAGCUGGUGCGCGUGCCGCUUGAUGAGUACAAGUUGUCCGGUUAUGGCGAUGGCGCGUUCCUCCACACGAAGAGCACGAGCAUCGCCGUGUGGGUGCGCAAGUCGUUGCUAGACUCAGGCAUGGCAAAAGUUGACGCAUCCAAGGCCAUUCCGCUCAGCCGAAUCAAUCGCAGCAAGGGCGUCGUGAGCUUCCGCAUGUCCCUGUGCGGCCAGGUCAUCUGCGUGGUUGGCUGCCACCUCCCCACGAGCUACAGUGCGCGUGAGAAAGCCGCGACAUACAUCGUUCGUAAGCUAUGCGAUCUGUACGGCGGCCCAGGGUCGAACAUCGACGAGGUUUUCCACCACGUGCUUUGGACUGGCGACUUCAACUUCCGCGUGAGAAACGUCUCCGCAGAGGAGGCACUGGCGUUACUGAACGCGAAUCGCCUGCAGGAGCUGCUCUUCCACGACGAGUUGUACGGAGGUUCUGCGUCAUUGUUCUCAGCGAUGAAAUUCGAGGAGGGUGUGGUCCGUUUCUACCCCACGUAUAAGAAGCGCGACGACCGGGACGUGGCGGACUACUCGCGGGAGGGCUGGGCGGAUGCGGAAUACCACACCCGCUUCGAAACUCAGUGGUACAAAGGCGGGAAUGUCAAGGAGCGUGUUCCGUCGUGGACGGAUCGCGUGCUCAAGUGGUCGCUGCCUCCGCUGCGGACCUGCCUGCAGAUCGACGAAGCCACGUACUCAGCUGCGCAGCCUAAAGUGAAGAAUCUGCUGAUGACGAGCGACCACUCCCCUGUGGGCUGCGGUUUGGUGCUGUGGAAUCUGCGCAGCUCGGCCCACCUGCUUCCAAGGAAAAAUCUAGGUUCAACGUAUUAG